AUGCGAGAGGAACCUGAUGAAGAGGCAAGCAAUAUUCCUUUUGAAGACCUUGGUGUGGACUCUUUUGAUGAGAAUGAAGACACGCUUGCACUUGAUGAGUUUUUUGAAAUCACAUUCGGAUCUAGUCCGCUGGAUUUUGAUUCCACUCAAUUUGUUGCAGAAGAAUUGACGGUGGAAAUAGUGACUAAAUACGUGGGACGCGCUCUCUAUACCUCUUCACACGGAAUUAUGCGGGAACUGUUUCCUUAUCUCAUCGAUAUCCUUAGCCGCACAGUUUCCCUUCGCAAGUUGGUCGAUUGUAUUCGCCAAAUUUUCCGAUACAAUCGUAAUCACCAACUGUUGGGUUUUUUAGAAACCUGCACUGGCCGUGAUUUUCUAGUCGCCUUCCUGAAUAAAGUACCAGAAAAAGCUAUGCCCAAGAUGCUGAGUACUCUCGUCUCUUCCAAUAUACCUGUUCCGAUACUUUUGACCGAUCAGCUGGGAUCAUUUCCUAAAGGUUUUACGGUUCUCUCUGCGUUGCGUGAAUUGGUAACAACAAAAAAGUAUUGCCUUCUCCUUUCAUUCAACUUGACGACUAGCGAAGUAAAUCCCCCUUUUUCGAAACAAUUGUAUCCAAUUUUGAACACAAAUCGGGAAGAUAUUAUAUCGAUCUCUCAUCCGGGAUCAAUUGAUAUCUCUUUUCAUUCAGCAUCUGAAAAUCAUAUUCGGCAACCGGUUGCAAUAGCUGAAGUGUAUAAUAACAAAACACCAUCCCAAUUCAUGAGUGGUGUUGUGAAUAGUUUCUCCAAAUGUGCUUUCUUUCUAAUGAUACAUGUCUCUGAUGACGAUUUCGAUGGUGACGAAAUCAGCCAAGAGCUAGAAAAUCAAAUCUUUACAAUUUCCAAGGAUCGAUGUGCUGAAGAAAAACGCAAAAUUUUAGUAUUGUACAGGGAUACUCAAAAAAAGAAGGGUCAUAGGGCCCGCGAUACAUUGAACAAGCGAAAGUAUUUGGUCGAACGAAUUCUUAAAUCAAGAUUUAGUGAUGACGAGACUAGCUUCAAGAGACUCUCGACGUCUAAAAGUCAACAGCAACUAGAUGAAAUAAAGGCCGAUAUAUUUAAUGCUAUUUUGAAAGUGAAAGAGUUAUAUUUGCAGACACCUCUUACACUCAAUAUUUCAACCCCCGAUGUUACCCAAGUUGUUGUUUGGUCCGACGUGAUGACUCAGAGAGUUUUUGCCCAAUGCAUGCGGGAUGCCGGCUUCGUUGAUGGCCUUAGUGAGUUCCGACGCCGUCUUAUUUUCCCUGCCUCGUAUGUUGAACACGAAAUUGAAAACCUUAAAGAUAAGAAACAUUUGACAACCUUAGAAGAUAACCACAAAGUCAUAACUGAAGAGGAAUUACUUCAGAGGAUUAAAAGUUUAGAAUCAACUAAAUUGGCCAUAGGUGACGCGCCACCUUUAUCCAUACUGUCCUUAUUUGUAGAAGGGAUUAAAGAAAAUGACAUACGUAAAAUGCGCGCAUUUGCUCGCGACGUCGAUGACUUCUUUAAAGAGCAUUUACACAGCCUCGCAAUGUUGGAUCAAUCCGAUGAUUUCAAUCGGCAACGUAUCAAACAGCAGAUUGAAGAUAAUGAUAUCUCAAUCCAUGAUUUUUGGCGGGAAUUGGUUAUUCUCUCAAAGGUCAUGGUUACGAGGGACAAAUCUGUUUCCCAAAAACUUUAUUCCGUUGAUGUCAAGACUCUGGAGAACGCCUACCGAACUUGGGUAACAGAAGGAGAGUCUAUGCAAAUGUUAGAUGGAUUAUCGCUCCGAGCGCUCAACCCUGACUUUCUAUCAAAUGUCUUAACAUCAAUAAUGACGGAUCCAAACCGCCAACUACUUGUCAUAUCUGUUAUCGGCUUAGAGAGCUCAGGCAAAUCUACCUUGUUGAAUUACCUCUUCAAAUGCGGGUUUUCGACUUCGGCUGGACGAUGUACAAAGGGAAUGUAUAUGUCAUAUCGCCAUUCUGUGUUUAAAGGACAACUAAUUGACCUCCUUAUACUAGAUUCAGAGGGCAUGGGGUCUACGGCUCAGAAAUAUAUCACCAGGCGUACAAAUUUUGACAAGAAAAUCACGUUACUUGCUUUAAUGUGCUCUCAAAUCGUCAUCAUUAAUACCAAGGGCUUAACGCGUGAUAUCGCCAAUAUCCUUGAGGUUUCCUCUUAUCAUUUGGACGCAUUGAAAGCAAGCAGAAUAAAACCGAGAUUACAUUUUGUACUGCGUGAUAUGAUGGAUAAAGCUGAUGCCCAAAAGCCAGCUUUUCUAGACAUUCGGACAAGUCUUGAAGAAAUGUUUCAACAAAUUCCUGGCUGCACAGAAGAUUUAGACGACUUUAUGACGGUAGAACAAAAGGAUGUGCACCUAUUGGUGAACGCUUUCUCGUCCUUUAAUGAUGAUUUUCGACCGCGGGCAGAUAUUAUCUCAGAAUCUGAAAAUAUACAUGUACCCGCGGCAAGUUUACAUGAAACUUUUCCUAUCAAAGUAUCAAACUUACGCCAAGCCCUUCUUGAGUCGGCUCUUGGUUCAGCUCACGAUCCAGAUACCAAACUGUUUGCUAACGUCAAUGGCUUUAUUGUACAAAUGAAAACAACAUGGGGGAUGAUUGAUGCCAAGGGCAGUUUCCUCCACUUCAAUGACUUUAAAGAAAUUCAAAAGUGGAAUGCAAUGCAAGCAAUUGUCAAAAAUAUUCAAAAGAAUUUAACACCAUUCCGGAACGAAGUAAACCAAAGCAUUGAGAGUUACAUUGAGAAGCUCAAAACGAAUUGUAAUCAAUCAGAUCAAAUCCACGACGAGUUUUUGGCGAGUCUAACCGGGAUUGAAAUAUUGCACCGCGAAGAAGCGCUGCUCGAAUUUAACCAGCAAGCCGCUAAUCAGUUUGAUGCCAGAAUUAAAGAAGAGGGACGAAAUUUGAUCCGCAACAUGUUCGCCACCGACAAACUUAGUCUCGAAGCAAGAUGGUGCGAAGAGGAACGGAAAUACAAAGAACAGGCACUUAUACAUAAUGCCGUGGAAGAUUUUGGUCAACGAUUAAAAAUCAACACACCUGAAGAUUUGGAAGAGUUGAGACAUGACCAAAAUAAACGUAACCAACUAUUCGAUGAUACAUGGAAGAGGGUGAAACAAUCUCACGAACAUUUUAUGAAAAUCAUUGGAAACACUAACCAACUUGAACAACUAGUAAGUUCAUUUAAUGAAGCAAUCAAAGCAGGCAAGAGCACGGUCGAUGUUCAAGACCCAGGUUUUCAACAAAAGUUCAACAGAAAAUUCUGGAUGUCGCUUGAGAUGCCCGCUACAUUGGCCACAGAGGGUAUCGUGAUGAACUACGAUAUCGUUGCCAGUUUAAUUGCUGUAAAACCUCGCGGUAUGAUAGAAAAAGUUUUUAAGUUUUUUGAUUCGACUGAGUAUGACUCGAUCAAAACCGAUGCUACUCAGAAGAUUCUCGAAGAGGUCAAAAAAGUCACGAAUGCAGUUUGUACCGAAAUCAAACUUGAUAAAUCUAUGCGAAUUGAAUAUGGCAAGACGCAUAAUUGGCUUCAGAGGUUAUGCGAUGGUCUUUUCAAUGUUUUUGGAAAUUUGAACAAUGCUCAGGCCAAAUUUGCCCCCGAGAUUAAUGAUUUUAAUCAAAUUGAGAAAUACUUUCGGCUAGAGGUGUACAAAAUUCUAAAGCAAAACAUGGAAAAAUGGCACUCUGUACAAAAGAGAAAACUCGAAAAUCUCAAAGAAGAUCUCCAAUCAACUUUCAAUAAUCUCUUGAUAGAUCAUUCUGCUAAAAAUCUGUCUUUGGAAUUAACUAAGCACGUCCAUAAGAUGGCCGUCGAAAGUCUUUCAACCCAUGAAUUAACAAUUAGAGGCGGUGUUGAUAAUUAUUUGCAAGAAAGCUGGGUGAACAAGUAUGGCACGACCCAUUGGGCGCAUAUGCAAAGUUUCGGUAAAAAAGAUCAUAACGCCGUUCGCGAAUAUCUCACCAACCUCGAUAAGUUUUCUCGAAGAAUCUUUCAAGAAGAAUGCAAAACUAAGAUCAAUACAUUAAUUGAUGACAAGUUUAGAGAGAUUAAGCAAAAAAUCAACGAAAUCGAAACGCUCCUCACUUCGGCAAUUACCAGCGUAUGGAGUCUCGGUCAAAAGUCUACUAUCAAAGUUAUGUUUGAAAAAUCUCGAGGAAAUGCCGCAUACAAUUAUGUCAAAGGGUUCUCGUCCGUUUUUGGUGAAUAUGAUGUUGAAGAUCCCAAGAAAUUUUGCGAAAUUUUCAGAGAGGAAUUGAAGAAACAUUUCGACAUUCUUCGUAACCAAUGGGAAACUGAGGCGCAGGUUGAAAUAUCGAAGAAGCGUCUUAAGAAGUAUGCCGAUCAAGCAAUCGAAGCGAAAUGGGACAUCUUGGAAGGUUGUACUGCGCGUUGUCCUACUUGUGGUUCAAAAUGCGAAGAUAUCAAAGGCACCAGUCAUACACAUCAUACCUCUACACAUGUGAUGACGGCUUUUGGAGGAUAUAAGGAUUUGUACAGCAGAGAAGCAAGUUUGGUUGUUUGUUCUGAAAAAGCAGCGCACGAGCUUCGUUGGAGAAAUAACACAACUGACCAAUUUGUUGAGUUAAACAGGUUGAUGGAAAUCAACCAACCCCCUUGGUUAAAAAUAGUGCCUAAAGAUGUUACGGAUACCGAAAUAGCGAGUAUGCGUUGUGUGUGGUGGCACCUUAGAAAGGAAUGGUGUGAAAAAUAUGCAAUGAAGGACGCAACGCCAGAGGAUUGGCUUAAAUAUGCAAAAUGA